CAUGUGACAAGAAAACACAAUUGAUUCUUGUCGUGGAUUUUCUAGUUAUUUUUAUUAAUACUUUAACUUGCUAUGAAUAACCCUUACCGCUGUGGUAUAUGCAUUAUCACAAGCGUAUGUUUACUGAAAGGAUACACACUACAAAUAUAGGUCAAGCAGACAUAUACUGCAGUAAACGGCGGGAAAAACACAUGUGAUUGUACACACGUGUGUUCAACUGGACAAUAACAAACGAUUUGGCCCGUGUCAACAGUCUCCAUAGAUUUGUAUUUUCAGGCACGAUGUGUGGGCGGACUGCCUGCACUUUAGCUCCUGAUGACGUGUGCCAAGCCUGCAACUUCCAAGACAAGAAAGGUACAACACAGAAACCAUUAUGGAGGGACCCUCCUGGUGGCCAGCAGUAUUAUCCCUCUUUUAAUGUCUCCCCAGGAUCGCAUACGCCUGUCUUGCUGUCCAGUAGACACUACUUGGGGGAACUGGAGGGCCUGUCUGACCGUGUCAUCCAGCCAAUGAUGUGGGGACUGGUUCCCUCUUGGCACAAAGGUGACCCCAAGAAGGUCAGCUAUGAGACAAAUAACUGCCGGGCAGAAGGGAUGCUGGAGAAACGAACCUACAAAGUGCCACUGGACAAAGGCAGACGGUGUGUGGUGCUAGCUGAUGGAUUCUAUGAAUGGAAAAGAGACAAAGACCAAAAGCAACCGUAUUUUAUAUAUUUCCCACGAUCAUCAUCAGGUACAAAAGAUGAGAAUGUGGAUAAUGGUAAAAUCAAACAGGAAGUAAAAAUGGAGGAUUCUGAUUGGCUAGCUAUGAAGGAGGAGCCAGCAGAUAAAAUAACAGACAUUGUUUCAGAUUCCAGAGAAUUUGAAGAUCGGAAUAAAGAGGGAGAUGUUAAGACUGUUCAAGAUUUGAAAGAUGUCAAACAAGAAUGUGAAAUCAAAAAGGAAAUAAAAACGGAGCCCAAUGACUUGCUUCAGUAUGUGAACUUUGAAUCAAAUGUGAAGUUCACCUCAGAUAUUUCUGACUUUCCUGAUCAUGGUGAUGGAGAUACAAAAAGCCCGAACAUUUCCACCAAGCAGGGAAAUGAUGACACAGGUGAAAAUAUCCCGAGCAAACGUCUUCUUACGAUGGCAGGUGUGUUUGACGUCUGGUCGCCUCCUGAUGGGUCACCACCUCUGUACACGUACAGUGUGAUUACAGUGGCCGCCUCUCCUGCCAUGGACUGGCUACACCACAGAAUGCCAGCAAUCCUGACGUCCGAGGCAGAAAUCAAUGAAUGGCUAGACUUUGGAGAUGUACCACUGCUUAAGGCUGUGAAGAAUAUCCGUCCUGUGGAAUGCAUCCAGCUACACCCUGUAUCCACUGUUGUCAACAAAUCAUGCAAUAAUACACCCGACUGUAUAGAACCCAUCGAUCUCAAAAAACCGAAAAAGUCUGCGAGUAGUAAUCUGAUGAUGAGCUGGUUGUCGAAACCUAAAAAGGAAGGAGUAUCAGCAGUGAAGGUGUCAGAAAGUCCGCCAAAGAAAAAGAAGAAGACAGAGAGUAGUGUGAUGAUGGGCUGGUUGAACAAGACUAAGAAAUCCUAACUACUGUUGAGGACUCGUGCCUCAAUUUAUUACUCACAGCAAGUCUACCAAGAAAUAUUUGCACUGAAAUUUGAAUUUGAAAAAAAUUUGGAUGAGUGUUUUUUCUGUGAUUUAAAAUUUAAAAAAAAAAUGAUGUAAUUUAGUGUCCAGAGUUUUCUGGGGACAACUCUGUAAAAGUAGUACAAGGAGAUUUAGAAAUGAUGUUGAAUAUUUAUUGACUAUUGGUUAUUAUUGCUUUAAGACAAGUUCCUAAGAAAUUGGAAUAGACAAUACUGGUCUCCAAAUCAAGAAUCAUGAAGAAAUACAUUAUCCUGUUAUACAGUCAGAGACCACUAAAAACACCUGUCAGUGAUCACUACAGUCAAUGUACAUGUAUUUACUGACAAAUGUGAUGUAAGGGCUUGUAGCACAGUAGCCUCAGACAAAAUGUUAUCACAUGUAAAUAUGGCCUUUGUUCAAGGCCACUGUCGAAGACCUGAUUCUGUCUGCACUGCUACAUAUACAGUCUGGCUUAGUAUGAAAGUGAGUGUUAAUAGUCUUAUGUACUUCUGCAAGGGAGAUUAGGAAUCUCUGUAUAUUUGUACUGUCGAGUGUUUCAACUUAUACAUAUACUGUGUAGGUCAGUGUAACCUGUAACAAACCACCUGCAUUUCAGAUCCAUGAAACGUAUUUUUUUUUGUCUCCCCUUUGAAUGAAGGGAGGCAUAUCGUAAUGGUGCUGGUUCUUCUGAUAUAAUUAUCUGGAAAUUUUUUGAAGCAUCAAAGAUAUCCUGAUGAAACUUGAAAGUUUACCUCCAUCAUCCACAGGUAUACAAUGCACUAGUAUAAUUAGCUAAGGUCACCUUGACCUUCAACUCAAGGUCAAAUGUUGACCUUGAGUGCAAAAUUGCAGCGAUAAGAUGAUUGAACUUGAAGUACAUACAUAGGUGUGUAGUCCACUGUAAUAACGUGUCUGUGACAGUCAUCUCUAUGUCAAAGGUCAAAUAAAUGCUAAAUUUUAUAAUUUUAUACCUUGAAAGAUGUCGUGGUGAAAAUUCACCCGAAGGUCAAGGUCAAAUUUGUGCAAAAUUUCCAUUCAGACUUAAACUUUUAGUUUGCAUAUAGGAGACAUUUUUUUGGUCAACAACAACAAAAAAUAGUAAUUGUCUAACGUCAAAUCAGAGUGACUGGCUUAGACAGGUUUCACUGUACCAGAAUUUCUUCCAACCUUUGUGUUCAUAUCUUCAUUGAUACAUGUACAAUAAUGUUUUUACUUUUUAAUGAUAUACAGAGAUAUAUUUUAUCUGCAAAGAGAUAUUAUCAAAUUGCUAUAGUUCAGUGAAGUAAUAGUUGUAAAUAUGUAAUAAAUGGUUCGGUGAAGUAAAGAAUGUAAACAACGGGUUGGAAUAUUAUGUUGUAGAUUCCCAGAUAUAUAAUUGGUCAAAUUUGAAAACUCAUGUAUGUUAAUUAAUGAGAGACAAAGUGUGUCGUCACGUCUUUUUUAAAAGACAAGUUAUAAUGAAUGGAAGAGAAAGAAAUUGAAAGAUAAGGUGUAAACUAAUGAAGAUGUAACAUUGUUUUGUUAUGAUUAUUGUUAAUCAGCAUUUUAAAGAUCUGUUGUUACCUGCAUAUAAAAUUUACGAUUUAAA